AUGGCGGGAGAGUUUGUUGCAGCCGCUGUAGAGCAGUUGAGAUGUUCUACAACCUUUGACGUUGAUAUCGACCCUGGCGUGGAGGAAUGGUUGAAGAAAUUGUACUUCCACGUGGAAAAGCACGUGGACAUUGAACCAGAAGUGAUGCACCAAUCAUGUUUACAGCUGUUGACUGAGAUUACAGUGGCAUUCAGCGAGAGUCAGUGUGACUCGAUGAGUCUGCAUGACUUGAAGUUGAUGAGUAUACAGCAAGUCGCUGAGACGAGCCACGAGUGUGCGACAUUCGGAUCUCUUUGUAUGACACAAGACGAGACACACAGCCAGAGUUGCGUUGGACUCGAAUAUGGAAAACUUAUUCCUCAGCUUAUGGUGGUGAUCGGCUGUUUAACAGGCAGCCCACGACGAGCGACGCCCACUGAGGAUGUCGGAGCUUUGUAUUUUGAAGAUGCAAGCAUGACCGUCGUUUGUGAAGUUUCGUCUGCUUGCUCGUUGGCAUGGCUCGACAAGCUGGUUGUUCUCUCAUCGUGGAUUUAUAUUUCAAGAAACGACUUCUUGAUCACGCUGCUACAAGGCAACAUCAAUUAAAAUAAAGAAUUUUUGUAAUUAUUAAUAAAAUAAUUAAAUC